GGCGCUCGUUCUCCAGCCAAGGAAGGAGCGGGCAUGGAGGCGUCCGCAGCUUGCAAUGAUGACGGUGCUUCACCAGGAAACGGAGAAACUCGUCAACUGUUGGAGGAACUCGCUGCCGACUACAGCCAGUUCUUUAAGGUGGACAUAAGCAACGACAAGCGCAUAUUGGACGAAGGCAUCGAUGAGCUGCUGGCGCGGCUUGACGAGUUCACCGGCCUCAUCAAUAUGGUACGCAGCGACGAUACCCUGUGCUUGACACACACGCUUCCGGACAUCUGCGAGAAAAGCAAAGCUUUGGAACAGGUGUACAGCCGGAUUGACGCCCUGGAGCAGUUCGUCGGUGUGGUUCGCGAAAGCGUAGACGCGAUGGAGGAGAAGGUGACUGAAGCCGAGAACGCAUUCGGUGGCAGCACAGUGAAAAAGUUUCUUUCGAGUCUUCCGUCACCGUUGUUUGCCAAGAAACCCGCUCCGCAGUACAAGAAGCAGCUGCGCUACGAAGAGCCGGAAAUAUUUCGCUGCUCGGACUAUCUGUCGACCGUAUCGGCGGACGAUCCGUUGCCGACGAGCGCGUCAAAUUUCUCCCUGGAGACCUCCGCGAGCGACCGCAGCGUUGAAGAUGACCGCACACCUCUGAGUCCGGUCGACUGACUAAUUUCGCCAGGCACGGGGUGCACGUCGCAUCGCGAAGAUACUGUGGUGCAUGCAACGACGCUUUCACUACGUGUGUAAGUCAAGUGCACGACAAGGUGGCUUGCUAAAUGAACGCAAGUUACUGCAGACUCAUAGAAAUAUAAUUUAUUCAGGGAAUUUAUUAAACCGUACUUGAUAACGUGA